AUGCUCACAUCACCUCACUACCCUCUUGCAUACCCACCAAACACACAUUGCCACUAUGAGUUCUUUGGAAGAGGAAAGGAGAGAGUUCGAUUGUCAUUCUAUGACUUUUAUUUACAAAAACCUGCAGAUGGAUCAUCAGAUUGCGCGAAUGUAGAUUCACUGCAAGCAUUUUUAAACGUUGACGGAAGAUUAGAGAAAGUGGAGUCGUUCUGCGGGAGUGAUCUCCCAAAUCCGAUUAUGUCCAACGGUCCAAAGUUAAUGCUAGAGUUUCGAGGGACCCACUCGUCGAGACACUCAAGGGGAUUCAAAAUAUCGUAUUCGUUUGUGGAAAACUUUGGCGUCACGACCGGGAGGCAGUUGAAGGAGUUUCCGUGCGCCUUCGUCUACAACAGCACCGAGAGCCCCAACGGCACGUUCGCCUCCCCCAACUGGCCGGGGCCGUACCCGCGCGACACCGAGUGCGCCUACUUCUUCCACGGCGGCCAGACGGAGAAGGUGCACCUUCACUUCACGCACUUCGGGGUCGAGGGUGUCCUGCCAUGCGAGGCUGUAUCGGGGAGUGACUACGUGGAGUUCUCCAACUACAUGACCGAGGACAGCAGGUUCGGCCGCUACUGUGGCCAGAUGAAGGAGUUCCACGUGGAGUCAGACAGGAGCUUCUUCAAAGUGACCUUCCGCUCCAACGACAGGCUGGACGGCACCGGCUUUAAGGCGAAUUACCAAUUCUUGGAGGUCACUGACGAGUAUCGGGCCCCGUUGCAAAACGCUUCGUGUCCCAUCAGGAUACUUGGGGUCCUGUUCCUGAUCGCUAGCAUCGCGACGCAACUACAUUACUUAUAUCAU